AUGCCUCGUUUACAUACCCUGAGGGUCCUUUGUAAACCCCAAGUUAUACGGUCAACUGGAAAUUUGCAUCUCGCUCAAGCUCGCAAGAUCAGCACAUUUGCCCGCCAGAAUCGUCUAGCUGCAGCAUACUACAGAGGAGGAUCAUCGAGGGCCGUUUUCUUCAAGAGUCAAGAUCUACCACCGGCCGAUCAGCGAGAUGGCAUUUUCCUUAAUGUCGUUGGCAGCCCUGACCCAUACGGACGGCAACUCGACGGAAUGGGUGGAGGCAUUUCUAGUCUAUCGAAAGUUUGCAUCGUCGGGCCCCCAACGCACCCAGACGCCGACGUUGACUACACAUUCGUCUCCCUAGGCAUCAAGAAUGACAAGGUUGACUAUUCAAGCAACUGCGGCAACAUGUCGGCUGCAGUGGGGCCUUUCGCGGUGGAUUCGGGACUUGUAUCAGCACCGGGCGGCUCCCAAGAGCGAUACACUGUCCGCAUUCACAACACGAAUACCGGCAAGAUCAUCAAUGCCUCGUUCCCCACUGUGGAUGGAGAGGCCGCCGCUUCUGGUGACUUUGCCAUUGACGGAGUGGCAGGGACAGCUGCGCCUGUACAGCUUGACUUUGUCAAACCAGCUGGGUCUCGCACUGGGAAGUUACUUCCUACCGGCAGUAUUUUGGACACCUUUGAUGGCUAUAAAGCGACAUGUAUCGAUGUUGGAAAUCCAUGUGUAUUUGUCAACGCUUCGGAGCUCGGCAUUGAUGGCGAACUAUCGUCGGAUGAUAUUGAGGACGAUACAACACUUAAGGCCAAGCUUGAAUCUAUCCGUCGUCAAGCUGCCAUCAAGAUGGGUCUUGCCCAGGAUCUGAACAACGUCCCUGGAAGCGUCCCCAAGAUCGCCAUCGCUUCGCCGCGGAACAAGCCAACAAAUGGCGAGGUCAACAUCCGUGCAAUGUCAGUGGGUCAAGCCCAUAAGGCAGUUCCAGUAACUGUAGCGUUGGCUACUGCUGCUGCUGCCAAGUUGCCGGGAAGUACAAUCGCAAAGUGCCUCAGGGGCGAACAAAAACAAGAUGGCUUAGACAUCUGCCAUGCUAGCGGCAGGCUGCGAGUAGAUGCUUCUUUUGAUGAUGCAGGAGAGUUGACCAAAGCCACUGUUUUCCGUACAGCUAGGCGUUUGAUGGAUGGGUUGAUUUAUUGGAAGUAG